AUGUUGACCUUCAACGAUAACAAAGCCGGAAUGGCCGGGCUGGAUAAAGAGCGAAUAAAUAAGAUAAUCGAGUCGAACACCAGUGGUAAUUACUCGAAUUUCUCGAAGAAGCAACAGGAUCGGAUCAACGAGAAGACCGAAUCAAUCAAAAAACGUUUACAAGCAGUAUCACCAGCUGAGUGGUCCAGAGCUGAGAAAGAGAUGGACGAGUUGGCGGCGCGAUUGGAGUGUCACCGUGAUCUCCGGCGAGACUGUGUUCAUAUCGAUAUGGAUGCCUAUUUUGCUGCAGUGGAAAUGCGUGACGAUCCAAGCCUUCGUACCGUACCCAUGGCCGUUGGUACAUCUGCAAUGUUGGUAAGUAUACAGUACAUAGAUCCUCAAUGA